AUGCCAACGAUUCGGUCAACAUCGAUUGAACAUCUAUGUAUUGAAGAUGUUUCGUUGGAUUCUCUUCGAUUAAUGCGAUUAUUUAGAUGCACACCAAAUCUUCGACAUUUAACUGUUUGUAUCGAUAAGUUAUCUAAAAAUGCGCAAGUUUCAUCUGUAAUCCAAUCAAUAUCUUCAGUAAAAUUCGUCGUCGAUCAUCUAACUUAUGGAACGAUUAAUCUACUAAAAAACAUGCCAAAUUUAACUCUUUUAACUCUUCAAACUGGAAAACAUCAUAUGAACGGUCAUAAAUGGAAAUACCUUAUUGGUGAUUAUUUACCUAAAUUGAAAAAAUUCCAAUUUCUGAUGUUGUUUCUUGUUAAUAAUGAAGAAGAAAUGAAUGAAAUUCUAGAUUCAUAUCGAACUCCAUUUUGGCUUAUUGAUCAUCAAUGGUUUGUUCGAUGUCAUUGGAACUUAGAAAUUGAUAAAAUCUAG